AUGACCUGGAGACCUGAUCUAUUUAGUGAUAGCAUGGCGGCUAGUGGAAUAGAAACUGGUACAAAAUUGUACAUUUCAAACUUGGACUAUGGGGUUUCUAAUGAGGAUAUAAAGGAGCUGUUUUCGGAAGUUGGCCAUUUGAAACGAUUUGCUGUUCACUAUGAUGGUUAUGGCCGCCCAAAUGGCACUGCAGAGGUGGUGUUUACACGGAGGAGCGAUGCAAUUGGUGCACUGAAGCGUUAUAAUAAUGUUCUACUUGAUGGAAAAGCUAUGAAGAUAGAAGUCAUUGGAAGUGACUUAGGCUUGCCUAUGACACCCCGUAUAAAUGUUGUUGGGGCUUCUAAUGGCAGAGCUACAAGAACAGUUGUUAUGACGCCUGAGUUUACUCAACGUGGCAGAGGUUCAAGCAGUAGACCUCUAAGUAAUCCCAGCAACAGGUUUAACAACCGUGGUGGUUUCCAAGCUGGUCGAGGCCGUGGCCAGUUCCAGGCCGGGGCAGGGGCCGUGGUCAGUUCCAGGGCCGUGGCCAGUUCCAGAGCCGGGGCAGGGGCCGUGGUCAGUUCCAGGGCCGUGGCAGAGGGAAGAAGCCUGAGAGGACUGCAGAUGAGCUGGACAAAGACCUGGAAAGCUAUCACGCGGAGGCCAUGA